AUUGCCGUCCCAGGGGAGGGAGUCAGAGCUAGAACACCAAUUACAAACCACAGGCUUCCUGCUGUAGGGAGCUGAUCCAGGACUGUCUUUCUGGAAAGGAAGCCCUGGAAUCCUGCCUUCUUCUGAACUUCCAAGUCCAUCCAUGAUUCAGAGAUACCGCCUUCUCCCUCUGGGAUUUUCUGUGUUUUUGGUAGUGAAUUGUUAUAUUUACUAGUUUGUUUCUUAUCUCUUCAAAGAGCUGAUCAUUUAAUAUUCUGUACAGGGGGGAGGUAGAAGAAAGGGACUUUUGUUAGAGUUCAGAGGUGGUUUUGGAUUUUCUUUAAGCAUUUCCAGAGUUCUUGAGGACAGUAGCUCUCGUCCUGGAAUGAGUGUCUGCCUUUGACCUGCGUGGAUUGCUUUUUCGGGCUUCGGAGUUUCUCGGCACCUACCUGCGGUGUGGGCGCUUGGUCUGAUCGCACAGUGGAAGUGGAAGAGUGAGCCACACUGGGUUAAGCAGCUCAGAUUUUUCUUUUUUAAGCAGGAUUUAUAAAAGCAUAAUUGAGUUUGUUUCAUCCCGUGGAUUCCAGUGGGCCCGACAGCGCAACAGGUUUGCAGAUUUCUUUUGAAAUUCUUGGUUUCUCCCUCCCUCUGUCUCAGCAAGAGUAAAGGAUCUAUGUAGCAAGUUCGUGUUUGGCUGCUUGGCUUUUCAGCACUUAUUCUGAAGACUUUAUAGGAUUUUUAAACUUGACCUCAGAACAACAGCAUGCUUUGUGGGUGAAGUGCAUUUAUAGUUACUUAAGGGUGCGAAUUUAACAACGAAUUUAACAAUUUGAUGUUUAUAAAGAAUCCGAAGUUUCCUAGGAGCCUAGAAAUACCACAGAUCUCCUCUACUCAGCUUUGAUUUUGUUUUUUCAGGGUGCUCAACUUAGAGCCUGUGACUAGUCACCUCCCUACUCCCCUGUGUUUUAUUCUCCACCCCCUCAAGGAAUUUGAAAACGUGUUAGGAAUAGUCCUUUGUUUUUCUUCUGAAUCCAGAAGAUUAUAGACUGUAAAAUCUAGAUAUUAGUUUUCACAGUGUGUGGAGGAAAGUCAAAGUGCAAAAUAUUCUCAAGCUGGAGAAUAAAAUCUGGAAUACCUAAGGGGGAAAGGAAAGUGGAAACAGAAAUAUGAAUUUUAACUGGGAAAAAAAUUGGAAAGCUAACCUUUUCAAGUGUCUCAAUAUAGAAGUUGGAAGAGAUUUUGAUACUCAGAUUAAUUCUGUCAUAUGUCAAAGAUGUAUGAAUUUGUGCCUGAUUUUACAGGCACUUUUGGUGGAACACACAAAAAAAUAAUAUAUUGAAGUUCUUAAAAAGUAUAAUAAGUUGAGUAGGCCUAGAACUCUGGGUUAUGCUGAAACACAGUUUAGCAUGGACAUUUUAAUGAGUACAUGCUGUCGCAUCUUUAGACAUCCCUCCAGGUGUGGCCUGAUUCAUUUCCACUCUUCCUUUAUCAAAAAGAAAACCUUCUCGUGGACUUUAAUCAUUUACCGUUGACAAUUUUUUCUGGCUUAAAAAGGGGAUCUCUUCAUGUUCUGAGCUGGAGUUCUUCACUCUCAACCUUUGAUGCACUGUCUUAGCUGUUUACUUGUUUUAGUCAUCAACGUUGGGUUUAGUGCUUCAGAAAUCCGAUACAUAUGGAAGACCAACAGCAAGUGACCUGACACAGUACCAACUCAUGCUGGUAUCUAAAGCACGUUUGGGAAUUCCAGAGAGGAGAAGAGGUGUGUCUGUAUUCACAGCGACAAUGGGAGAAAGCCACAUACAUGCCCGAGAGGUGGGCUGAAAAAAAAAAGUCUUUUCUUCCUAAUCGGGAAUGCCACCUGUGCCUUGGAAUAUACUUUAGAAAAAAGGGAGGACCCGAAUCUGACUUGGCUCUCUGAAACGGAAGAGUAGCAUCUUUCCCCUCCAUUUUCUGCACUGAGGACCUGCCUUUGGGAUGAGCUAGUGGAAGCGAUAUGCAUGGCCGAAGAGCACUGAUGCAGCUGGUAGCAUGAGUGGUGGCCACCAGCUGCAGCUGGCUGUCCUCUGGCCUUGGCUGCUGAUGGUGACUCUGCACGCAGGCUUUGGACCAACAGGGCUGGUGCUGGCAGCAGCGGUAGACUCGGAAAGAUCAGCAGAACAGAAAGCUAUUAUCAGAGUGAUCCCCUUGAAAAUGGACCCCACAGGAAAACUGAAUCUUACUUUGGAAGGCGUGUUUGCUGGUGUUGCAGAAGUGACUCCAGCAGAAGGGAAAUUAAUGCAGUCCCACCCCUUGUAUCUGUGCAACGCCAGUGAUGACGACAACCUGGAGCCUGGAUUCAUCAGCAUCGUCAAGCUGGAGAGUCCUCGACGGGCUCCUCGCCCCUGCCUGUCACUGGCCAGCAAGGCCCGAAUGGCCGGCGAACGAGGAGCCAGCGCAGUGCUCUUUGACAUCACUGAGGAUCGAUCAGCUGCCGAGCAGCUGCAGCAGCCCCUGGGGCUGACUUGGCCAGUGGUGCUGAUCUGGGGUACGGAUGCUGAGAAGCUGAUGGAGUUCGUGUACAAGAAUCGGAAAGCCCACGUGAGGAUUGAGCUGAAGGAGCCCCCAGCCUGGCCAGAUUCUGACGUGUGGAUCCUCCUGACUGUGGUGGGCACCAUCUUUGUGAUCAUCCUGGCUUCAGUGCUGCGCAUCAGGUGCCGCCCCCGCCGCAGCAGACCGGACCCUCUUCAGCAGCGAACAGCCUGGGCCAUCAGCCAGCUGGCCACCAGGAGGUACCAAGCCAGCUGUAGGCGGGCUCGAGCCGAGUGGCCAGACUCAGGGAGUAGCUGCAGCUCAGCCCCCAUGUGUGCCAUCUGCCUGGAGGAGUUCUCAGAGGGACAGGAGCUCCGGGUCAUUUCCUGCCUCCAUGAGUUCCAUCGCAGCUGUGUGGACCCCUGGCUGCACCAGCAUCGGACCUGCCCCCUCUGCAUGUUCAACAUCCUAGAGGGAGACUCAUUUUCCCAGGCUCUGAGAACCUGUCCAUCUUACCAGGAACCAGGCAGGAGACUCCACCUCAUUCGCCAGCAUCCUGGUCAUGCCCAUUAUCAUCUCCCUUCCGCCUACCUGUUGGGCCCUUCCAGGAAUUCAGUGGUUCGGACCCCAAGACAUAGACCCUUCCUGCCCUCCCAGGAGCCAAGUACAGGCUCUCGGCAUCAGUGCCUCCCCAGGGCUUCACAUCUCCGGGCACCAGAAGAACAGCAGCACCUGGCAGUAUCUCAGCACCCCUAUGCACAAGGCUGGGGGCUGAACCGCCUCCGGUGUACCUCUCAGUACCCCGCAGCUUGUCCAGUGGCCCUUCGACGGGCCAGGCCUCAUGACAGCAGCGGGUCUGGGGAAAGCUACUGCACGGAACGUAGUGGGUACCUGGCAGAUGGGCCAGCCAGUGACUCCAGCUCAGGGCCCUGCCAUGGCUCUUCCAGUGACUCGGUGGUCAACUGCACGGACAUCAGCCUGCAGGGCAUCCAUGGCAGCAGCUCUACCUUCCAAAGCUCCCUGAGCAGUGACUUUGACCCCUUGGUAUACUGCAGCCCUGAAGGGGAUCUCCAAGGGAAAGGGAUGCAACCUAGUAUGACCUCUCGCCCCCGUUCCCUGGACUCAGUGGUGCCCACAGGGGAGACCCCGGUUUCCAGCCACAUCCACUAUCACCGCCACCGCCACCACCACUACAAAAAACGCUUCCAGUGGCAUGGCAGAAAGCCUGGCCCAGAAACUGGGGUCCCACAGUCCAGGCCUCCUGCUUCUCAGACUCAUCCAGAGCCAUCUUUCCCUGACCAGCAGUUCACCACACCCAACCCAACAGCUUCUUCAGCGCUCCCCAACCCGCAACGGCCCAGGGCUCUUACAGAGCCAGCCCCUGGCCUAGCAGAAGCUGCCAACCCCAGCCCCAGCAGUCUUUUGAACUUGCAGAAAUCCAGCCUCACUGUCCGACACACACAGAGAAAACGACGGAGUGGUCCCUCAGAACCCUUGCCAACCUCCGGGCCCCAGGACUUGACUGUGCAGCCAGCUUGCCGGGCUUUUCCCCACUCCAGCCCCAGCCUAGCCUACCCUUGGCCCCCGGAGGUUCACCCACUGAUCUUCGGCUCUCCAGGCCUGGAUAGGAGGCUGCUACACGAAGUCCCAGGCCCCUGUUACUCAAGUCCACAGCCAGUAUGGUUGUAUCUGACUCCCCGCCAGCCUCUGGGACCAUGCUCACCAGGAGAGGGACAUUCCAAGUGGAGCUCUGACACACCAGAGGGCAGGCCAUGCCCUUACCCGCACUGCCAGGUGCUGCCAGCCCAGCCUGGCUCGCAGGAAGAGCUGGAGGAGCUGUGUGAACAGGCUGUGUGACGUGAGAGGUUCAGCCAACCAAGCUUGUGUUCCAGAUGACUCAGGGUUCUACCCGCCAGAGUCCUGCUCCCGGGAGGAGCAAGGACCUUAGUGAGCAUCUGUCAUACAUACUUCCGGGGACCACUGGUGGGUGGCAGGAGGCGCUUUGUCCUGCCCCAGGAUCACAGUCCUGUCUGCAGAACACACCUGCAGUGCAGAAAGCCUGUGUCCAGCCAGACAACCAGCUAGUGUGCAUUUGUGGAGUGGAUCUCUAAAGGCUGAGUUUUUUGAUGGGAAGCUAUGAGUGAAUAUCUAGGCGUCCCAAAGGUGCUGCUCUUUCUCCGAGCCCACUGGCUUCCCUGCGGGGUCUCCUUUGCCCCGGGCUUCAUGUUCACAUGAGCCAGUGGGUUCAGCUGAGUACGUGGCCACUUCUCAGCUCCUUUCAAGGCUUCACGGGGCCAACUUGAGCUUUAUCAUUUUUUUCCUUCUUCACAAAAGGAGUUUUAGGUGAGCCCAGUCCCUAGAGAGGUCUCUACCUCCUCCAGCCAUUGCUGCCUCCUCGGUGCUCAGGGAGGGGUGGUUCUUCCUCCCUGUCCCUAACACUGAUCUUAGAGUUGCAGGCUUCAGGGAGCCCAGGGCAUAGAAUUCAGUCCAGAGGUGGGGGCUCUGACAGACCUGGGAUGAAACUUCUGACUAUCAAACUCCUUGUCACUCCAGCAACAUCAGUUCCUCUGAGGUAGAAAACAGGGAUAGAGGGAAUAACCGUUCCUUGAAGAUCUCCUGUCUCUACAUACAAGGCAGGCAAAAAGGAGUGUCUACUAAACUUCAUCUGGGAAGAGGGAAGAUGAAAUGAAGGCAGAAUUCUAGCUGAACAAGGACAAAAUUCUCUGAUUGUCAGAGCAAAGAUGGAGAAUGAUAACAUGACCUCAUGGGUCUGCAGGGCCCAGAGGCCAACCUUCCCACUAUAAGCCAUACAAACCAAUCACCCAAAAGAAGGUGUACGUGUGGAUUUGGGUGCUGGCCUUGGCUGCUUGUACCAAGUGGGCAAGAACGGAGAGGCCUCCUGUAGCUCUUCAUCCCAGGACAUCCUGGCCAUUGUUAGCCCCUCAGGCUAUGUCCCUGCCUGGAGUGUGAAUGUGGGGGCAAAAUGGGCAUGGGAUUGUACUUAAGAACCCUCUCUCCUCAAAGUCAAUGGGGAGAUUGGCACCCACAUGGGUAUUUAUAUCUGAACCAGACAGAAAGAUGCUUGAAUCAGGCACUAUGUUGACAAAUGUAUUUAUUUGCUAAUAUAUUUAUCCAUAAAUAUGA